AUGCUCGACGAGAACCUCCCUACAUUCUACCUCAAACCCUCCCGCCAAACCCCCCACCAAACCACCAUCCACCUCUACCAACACGGCAACGACCCGCAACCGACUUACACCCUGCGACACCCAGACCCGACCACGAUCGCGACCCCGGCGGACGCCCACAACCGCUACGCGGCCGCCCUCUACGACGCCCACGUCCCCUCCAUUCUGUACGGGGAGGUCCUGAUCCUCCCGCAAUGGACCACCCCGACCCUCUCCGCCGACGCCAUCCGCGCCAACAACGGCACCACCCCGGCGCCCGAACCCCUCCUCCCCACCACUUUCACCAUCAAUCUGUACAACCCGGAUCAAACCGUCACCGUCCACUUCAAGCCCAAGUCCUGGAACAGCCCGGCGACCUGGUGGUUUGAGAUGCCGCAGCACAGCUUCCGGCAGCCGUCGACGUCGCGGCUCGAUCGCACCCAGGCCGACCCGGCCUCCGCCGACAUCACCCCGAAGCUGCGGUUCGCGUGGCGGAAGGACAGCAAGCUGAGCAAGGAUCUGACCUGCGUGCUGUCGGGCAAGACGACGACGCUCCCGGAGUCCAAAACCAAGGCGAAGGAGCCGGAUAUCACCGUGGCCAUGUUCCAGUCGCUGAAGGAGCUGACCCUGUAUGAGCCGAACCUCUACCGGGUGGAGAUGGAGGAUUUCAAGGGGCUGGAGGUCGUCCUGUUGUUGGCCGCCGUGACGAUCAGGGAUGUCUGGUUUGCGUCGCAGGGGUUGCGGGAGGCAUUCCGUGUGGGGAAGUCCGGGGCACCGGCAGCAGUUUCGGGGACUGGGACGCCGUCAUCAUCGCCGAUGUCACGACAGUCAUCGCAACAGCUGUCGAAACCCCUGCCGCAACCUGCGGUAUCACCGGCGGAGAAUUGGCGCAAAGAGGAGGAGCGCCGCACGCGGCUGUUACUGGAGGAAGAGGAGCGGACGCGACGACAGCGCGAGGCGGAGCGCCAGGCGGAGAUUGAUCGCGAGACGCUCCGGCUGCAGAGGAUCUAUGGGCAGGAGGAGGAGCACGUGCGCAUGCAGGCGUCCGGGGUCCCGGGGCCGCUGCCCCCGCGGAUGAGUGCUGCUGCUGCUGCUGCUGCUGCUGCUGCUCCUCCUGCACCGAGUCUGCCCCUGAGGCCGGCGAACCCGCCACAGCCACACAGUUAUCCGUACCAGGAUGGACGGCCCCGGAUUCAUGGUGCAGGGCGGGUCGAUCCGCGGCACCAGUCGGUGGUGCGCUUUUCGUUGUCGCCGGAGCAGCAGCAGCAGCAACAGGCACAAGCGAAACCGGCGUUGCAGCCGAAGAAGAGCAGUUUCUUUCGAUUACGACGGUCGUCGGCGGAUGAGACGAAGUUGAGUAAGAAGCGGAGUUCGAUGUUUUGAAAUGAUACCCUUGCAUAUACUGUACCUGCAUAUGAGAUACGAAUGAAUUUAUUGUUUUAGGCGUC